AAGACCCCAUAGCGCCAAGAUGGCGGCGCCCCUGCCCGACGCCGGGGAGUUUGAAAGCUGGCUAAAUAAUCGUCUAGACUCAUUAGAAGUGGACCGUGAGGUGUACGGAGCGUAUAUUUUAGGGAUUCUUCAAGAAGAGGAAAAUGACAAGGAGAAAGAAGAUGCUCUUCAAGGAAUUUUAUCCGCAUUUCUGGAUGAGGACACAAUGGAAGAUGUCUGCAAACAAAUUAUCAAUCAGUGGACAGAGUGCACCAGGAAAUCAGCAGCUAGAACAAAUUCUGGUGAUGCUGAAGUCCAGGCCAUUGCCAGUUUGAUAGAAAAACAAGCUCAGAUUGUGGUGAAGCAGAAGGAGGUGUCCCAGGAGUCAAAAAGAAGGAAAGAGGCCCUACUUGCUCAAUAUGCAAACGUAACAGACGAAGAGGAUGAAGCAGCAGAAGAAGAGGAGGCAACAUGUGGAAAUGACUUUACUGGAAAUGAUAAAUCACUGUUCAAAAACACCAAUGUGGAGGGGGUGCUUAACAGACAGAAGCAAAAGCGGGAUCAGGCUCGUGAAGAUGCUCAAAAGAAGAAAGAAAUGGACAAGAUGCAGCGAGAGAAGGACAAACUAUCCAAACAAGAAAGGAAAGACAAGGAGAAGAAGCGUACACAGAAAGGUGAACGCAAAAGAUAGAAGCAAAACAAAGGACACUUUUAUGUGAAGAGAUUUUGUAACAAAAAAAAACAAAAAACUGGUCUUUUCCUUUUUUUACAGCUAAACCUCUGUUGCUUCAUUUAAUGUGAACACCUUGUUUAUCAGGUCUUCCAUGUCAAUUUCCUUUUUAAAUCUUAUGUGUAAGAUUUAUCUGGAUAUCUUUUUUUUUUUCUUUUUUUUGCUUUGCUCCACCCUGACACUGAUUUUCAGUUGGUCAAUGAAAUAAGUGUGUAGACAAAAUUAUCCCUGAAAUGAUAGAACUAAAAGACAAGUUGGAUUUAUGAUGAUGAAAACUAAGCCAAUAAAGCAACCCAGUCCAGUCUCUGCUGUCAUCCUUCCUACCAACAAUUUGGAAAUACCUGACAUUUCUGCACAACUUUUAUGUAAAGAUAAAUGGCUGACAAAAUUUUUUGUGUGCAUUAGGGUUUAGUUUUAUAUAAUGUACCACCACUUUAAUGUUUGAGACUAAUCUUUUUAAAUAAAUAAAACUCAUUUCAAUC